AUUUAGUGACACAGACAAAAUGCGGUUGAUAAAUGCCCCCCAAGAGUUCACUGGGGUCUGUAGAGACAUCCUGAAAGCCAAAUGGUAUCGAGGAAUAUGCAAAGAGCAGCCUAUGGGUACGUCUUGUUCCACGCACGAGUUCAAGCUUAAUGGAAAUCCUUGGUGCGGUGGAGUCUACUCAACUCAAGCCAUACAUAUAAGAAGUAUGUUAUGCUACAUUAUCCAAGCUUUCAAAGCACAUGGCUGGAAAUUCCUUGUAUCAGCUGAUGUUUCAGCCAAGUUCCAACAAGCUGACCAGGGUCCUUGUUAUCCUGUAGAUGUGCACAGCUGGUGGUUUGUGUAUGAGCCAGAAUCUCCACCACUACAACCUACAGCACCAAGCUAUGGAUUGUCAACUGGAUCCUCAGCUUUCCCUCUCCCACCUAGUUAUGAUCAUGAUGAGGUGUCAAAACAAUAGUUGCAAAAGACGCUUAUUUUUCUUAAUGUCAUUUCAGCCCAAAGCACCGAAUUACAGAAGUUUUUUCAUCUUUUCACGGUAUAUAAUUUACCUUUUUAUCAUUACUGUUUCACUAUAAACACCGACGCAGCUCACACUAGUUUUUAGCUAGUUAUCUCUUCUUAUAUGGCUUCUUGAGUGGAAUCAAGAUUUUGAAUAAAAUUGUACUGAAGAACCUAUAAUAGAUUUUACCUCAGGAAAACACAGCACACUUUUUUUAUAACAUUUCUAGUAACAAGUAUAUGAAUUUCACUAUUCGAUAGUUUAAUUGUUUUAAAAGAAUUGAUCAGAAACAACGUAAGAGACUAUGGACAUUUUCUAUAGGGCAUUCAUUUAUUGAAUGUGAACAUUUUUUAGGACUAAGUAAUAAAUACAAUCAUGUAAAAUUAUAUAAUUAUAGCAAUUGGGAUUUAUGUGGUUGAAUGUACACAAUUAUUUUAAUGUGCUUUUAAUUUCUUAAAUAAAAAUCGUUUUCUAAAAA